UAACUGAGAUAGACAGGAAGUCUUUCAGCAUGGGUUAGUCACCUCACACUCGCUGCGUUGUGUGUCAGGAGUGAAGCGUGUCAGAGGUGCAGGAGCAGGUCGAGUGUUUUAACUUCGUAGAUACCUGAUGGCGUCUGGCGUCGGCAGCAGGACGGAGGAGCAGCCACCAGCUUUACCCGUCAAACAGCACAGACGCUCCAGUGCAGAGUCUGACUGUGCUAUGCUCAGCCCCGUUGGACUCCAGCAUCAAAACUAUGCGUACAACGAUGUUUUCCCCGAUGCCACCGACUGUCAUGCGGCCCAGUGCCCCAUACACCAGCGCUACGAUUCCUCCAGACAUCAGCUGAGAUUUUUCUCCGAUGACAUCCCGCCGCCUGUUCCGAAGAAGAGGUUGACUCGGGCCUUCUCCCAACCCGCCAUGACUGUCGCUCCACUCUCUCCUCUGUCUCCCUUCCCUCCUCUGAAGAGACUGCCUCAAAACUUUGACAACCCUCUGUACAUGAUGAGACCCAUGCCUGGUACCUAUUUCGAAGAGGAGACAGAAGAGACUGAAGCAGCCAGAAGGAGUCCUGUCCCCUCGCUGUCCUUCUCCCAGCUGUCUUUCGACACUCCAGAUGAACAACUGCCCUUCCUCUUCAGCGGUUUCGUCGACCAGAGGGUGGUUUCUCAGGGGAUCCAGCAUCGCCACCUACUCUUUCUCAGAAGCAUGGCACAGAGCGCGGAGGCCGGGAGCCUGCUGCAGGGAGAGGCUGCAGGGAGGGACGGCAGCUCAUACCAGCCUCAGGAUUUCCUGCUGUGUGAGGGCAGCAAGCCAAAGCAGAUCGGUGAUACGACUUACUACAGCCUGCACAGCCCCAAGUUCCCAGGGAGGGUGCUCGGUUUGAGGGUACACCAACAGACUGAUGCUUCAGCUCGCACCCAACAUCAGCCAUCGCAUGUCAAUGUGCAAGAUGUUAUUGCCACUUUUCAACCCAGCAAAAACAACAGCAGCACAUUGCAAACUGAGGAUCCCAGAGCAGCCUCUUCUGCUAAACCACCAGAUGGAAGCAGCACAGAGCCAAUAAACAUGAGUGUCCCCACAGUUCAGGUUUUCCUUCAGAAAGGUCGCACUGUGAGCGUUGAGAGAGACCUGCCACAGGCCACUCUACAGGACUUUGUUCAGGACGGCCGCUCGCUGCAGAGCAGCAGAGAGUGUUUGGAUUAUGACCGACAGGUUUGUGUUCUGCUGCUGCAGAUUUUAAUGGGCUCGCACCAUCUGUACCACAACAGUGCUGCUGCAGCUGAGCUCAGACCCCAGGAGAUCCUCCUAGUGUGGCCCAGCAGGGAGAAGGACAAGGUGGAAAAAAUGGAGUGGGAAGUGACGGAGGAAAAAUGUAGGAUCCAGAUGUUGUGGAAGACACAAGGUUCCCCUCGUGUGGUGCUGAGGCCACAGUCUUCUGCUCUUUCUCUACCUCAGCCUCUUACCACCAUCAAACUCCAGAUCGCAGCUUUAAUUCAGUUCUGCCUGCACCCAGAAGACAGUCAAACAUCUCUGCAUUCAGCUCUGUCUUCAUACCGAGCCAGUCUUCUUCACGUGUCCUCCGUGCUGCAGAGUGGCAGCGGGCCUCAGAUGUCAGACGUAGCCGCCAUGCUUCAGGUCCUCCUCUGGGGUCCACGUGUCCCUCUCUUCGGUCACCGAGGCUCCACAACCAGCGCUGUGCAUAACUGGCUGAUGAUCAAACGAGCCCUGCUGGUGAUGAAGUUGGCAGAGAGAGGACUGAUCCAGGAUCAGUCUGCUCUGGACUGGGAGGACUGCAUGUGUCUGCAAUAUCUGUCAUUUACAGACUGUGAAACAGUUGUGAGCGUGACCGGUCAGUUGUGGCGUUCUGAUCACUGACGAAAGCUCACAGACAAAAUGUAAGUAACUGUUGAAAAUGAAAUAGCCCCUUUAAAGAUCUAUAAACUGUCCGUCUGUAUCAUAUUGAAAAUAACUCACAGCUUUGACCGUAGUAAAAAAUAUAUUUCCAUCAUCCCUCUUUCAGUUAGAAUGUUCAUAUACAGCUCUGUAAUACUGGCAUAAAAAAUGCAUCACUAGUCAUUAAAAGCUUCCUUUUUUGAUAAGCUUCUUGUUAUAAGUGACGGAAUCUUUGAUAAACAAACUAGUUUCUGAGUUUCCGUUGUUUUUAUUAAAGAUUUCUAUAUUUCCAU